GUUCCUUGGCCUGGCAAUACGUAUACUAUUCAAGUCAAAGGCUCUGGGGAAGUAAUCGCCACUUGGGUCGGGCAGGUGUAUGUUAGAGGCCCUGCUGGUAUUAUGAAGGAGACCACUCAUUGGCUUUGUGUCGAGGCCAAUGGCUAUUUCGGAUUCUUCAAUAAGUACACCAACAAAUAUCUAAGCUUUCAGGAUGACCUCGUGCCGACAGAUCGCAUGCAGGCAACAUCUACAUUCGGUUCUAGUCAAUUAUUUUUACCAAGAAGACAUCCCGAGGGAGGAUAUCAGCUUCUAGUACCAGCCAGCAACAAUACUUUAAAACAGGUAGCAACUCUCAACGAUGGUGAAACACUUAUAACGAGGCUGCAUGCUGGGGUCAUUUGGGAAUUUAUU